AUGAAGUUCAUAAUUUCCCUGCUGUUUGUGGUGGCACUGGUGGGUCAAAAGCAGACCAGCGCCAAGAGCGUGUCCAGUUCUCUGAGCCAUUUGGGCAACGAGAUAGGUCAGGACGCCUCAGAGUUUGGCCACGAAUUGGGAGACGAGGGAACACAGUUCGGACACCAGGCCUCCAAUAGCGCAAUUAACUUUGGACACGAAGUAUCCCAGGAAGCGGAACAAAUUGGCAGUGAUGAAAUUGGUUCUCUCGAAAAGGAAAUGUCCUCUUCAUCCUCUAGCUCCUCUUCCUCGGAUUCUUCAGCUACUUCCGCUUCUUCAACUAACUCCACAACUGAUAAAGUCGCUGCCAGUACUGACCAGUCCACCAACAAGGUUACCACCUGCACCUGCAGCGAAAGCGUAGAUAACUCUGGAAAGGAUACUUCUACUGGUUCCAGCAGUGCAAUUGCCACUGCCAGUGCUGCAGGAAGUGUGGCAGGAUCCGCAGCCAGUGCUGCAGGAACUGUUGCGAAGGAUGCUACUGGUGCUGCCGAGACUGUUGCCAAAGACGCCACCAGUGCUGCCAAUAGUGUUGCCAAGGAUGCCACAAAUGUUGCUGGCGAUGCAGUAAAGGUAGCUCACGACGCUGCUGAUACAGCUGCUAAUGUGGGCCAAACUGUUGCCAAGGAUGCAGCCAACACUGCUAGCAAUGUGGCAGGUGAUGCCGCAAGUGUUGCUCAGAAUGCGGCUGGAGUAGCUUCGAGCGUGGCUGGAGCUGCCACCAAUGCUGCAGACACCAUUGCCAAGGAUGCAAGCGAUGCUGCGAACACCAUUGCCACAAAUGCAUCCAACCUGGCGCAUUCGAUUGCCGGUCUUUUUUAA